AUGUCGUCAAUGUCGUACUCGUAUCUCUCUGCGAGUCUGAUCCUCUCCGGUGUCGCCUGCCUCACGUAUCUGUUUGGGCUCGUCGUAUACAGACUGUAUUUCCACCCGUUGGCUCGUUUCCCAGGCCCCAAGUACGCAGCGAUAAGCACAUGGCAUGAAUACUACUACGAUGUACACUUACAAGGCAAAUUCAUCUUCUAUAUCAAGGCCCUUCACGAGAAGUAUGGACCAAUCGUUCGUAUCACCCCAGACGAGGUUCAUAUCCUGGACUCGGACUUCUGGGACACCAUCUAUACCAAGGCCGGGAGGGUCGAUAAAUACAGCUGGAUGUCCGGUCGAUUUGGGAAUGAGAACUCGGUCUUGAGUACUGCUCCGGAUGAGCUGCAUCGUAUCCGACGAAACGCGUUGAAUCCUUUCUUCUCGCGGAAGAGAAUCAUUGAUCUGCAGGUCAUCAUUCGCAAGAAGCUCAAUCAGUUGAUCGCGAAAGCCCGAGAAUACCAGCAGUCUGGCGCCCCAGCAGUAAUCAGUCGAGGCUAUAUGGCCUUGGCGGAAGAUGUGAUCAUGGAAUACUGCUUCGCCCACGACUAUAACAGCCUCGAUAUCCCUGAAUGGACCCCCAUACUGCAUGACCCUUUCAGGGCCGUCAGCAUCAGUGGAAACUUGUCAUUGCAGUUCCCAAUGGUGCCCAAAAUCUUGAAUGGCUUACCACAGUCCUGGCUCGUCAAGCUGGAACCAUUAUAUGCCCUCGUCUUCAAGAUGCAACGAGACUUUGCCAAACAGAUCGUCGACUUGAAAGCUGGCAGGAUUGACGCGCUCGCUGAGAAAUCCGAACACCCGACUGUCUUCUCCGAGCUGCUUCGUGGCGACCUGCCUGCCAGUGAGAAGUCUGACCGCCGUCUGCAGGAUGAAGCACAGUUGAUCAUAGGUGCCGGGCUUUCCACCACCGGCUGGACGCUCAGUGUAGCCACCUUCUAUAUUUUGAGCGACCCGAAUGUCCUUGGACGUCUACGCAAAGAGCUCGAGGAAGCCAUUCCAGACGUCAACGAGGUGGACCCCAGCGCGCCGCUCGAGUGGACAGAAUUAGAGAAGCUGCCAUAUCUGUCAGCUUGUAUAAAGGAAGCCGUCCGGUUGUCUUAUUCCACGACGGCACGAAAUGCCCGUCUAUUUCCCAAGCCGAUCCAAUACGGCAAAUGGACCAUCCCAGCCAGGACACCAAUCUCGAUGACAAUCCCGUUUCUCAACCAUGACGAAGAAAUCUUCCCCAAUUCGACAUCCUUUGUCCCUGAGAGGUGGCUCGACUCCCCCAAAGCAAAGAAUGGAUCCAGUUUGGACAGGUAUUUUGUAGGGUUUGGCAAAGGCACGCGGUCCUGUUUGGGAAUCAACCUCGCUUACGCUGAGCUCUACUUGACACUGGCAGCUAUGUUUCGAUACUUUGAGUUUGAGCUGUACGAAACCGACAAGAGUGAUGUUGAGUUGGCUCACGACUUCUUCCUUCCAUUCCCCAGACUUGAUUCCAAAGGGGUCCAGGUGGUUGUUAAGCCGACCAAGAACAAUAGGUGA